AUGUCUGGCAUGCACUCCACGUUUUCCAACUCUGUCGUCGGCGAUAAGCGACACAGCUACGCCGUUCUUUCAGCUCUCCAGCAGGGCUCCGCUGCGGAAGGCUCUCCGGCACAGCCCUCUUCUAGCCGCCAACAACAUCCGCAAUAUCCCAAAGAGUCCGAUGCCGCCUCGGUCUCCAGCUUCGGCAGCACAGUCUCCCUCCUGAAGGACAAACUUCACCAAUCCCACAAUAAAUCCUCAUCUUCCAAUAAAUCUACAUCGCUUGUUGCCCGCCAAAAGGCCGCGGACGACGCCAAAGCCCAGGUUCUCAAGAAUCAAUCUGAAUUUUGGUCAACUUCUAUUCGCAACGAUUUGUGA